ACGAUACUGUCCCAGUUGCUUGAGCGAUGUCCUAUCUCGCACACCCAUACGGUCCCUGAUGCCCCUUACAGCUCUACACUACUUUGACAUUUUCAACUUGGCCAAGUAAAUCGCAGUAAAUAGUUUUUAACUUUCUUGGGACUUGGAGAGACCAUUUCUUGGGGCCUGCAAAAGGAGGAUCACUCUGCUGCUUGCUUACGACUGCUUGAGUCGCCAUGUUUCUAGCCCUGGUGGUGACGCCAGAGCUGAGGGAGUUUCUGGCCCGGGCGAGAGGGGGAGCGCUGCGCCUCAUUAAGGUGCGAAUACAAGAUGAACAGCUGGUGCUGGGGGCCUACAGGGAACCAGAGCAGAGAUGGGACCAGGACUACGACCACUUCCUCCUACCUCUGCUGGACCGACAGGAGCCCUGCUAUGUGCUCUACCGCCUGGACUCCCACAAUGCACUGGGCUUUGAGUGGCUCUUCCUAUCCUGGUCACCUGAUCAGUCUUCCGUCAAAGACAAGAUGCUGUAUGCUGCUACCCGUGCCAUGAUCAAAAAGGAGUUUGGUGGUGGCCACGUGAAGUAUGAGAUUUUUGGAACACUGGAGGAAGACGUCUGCCUGUCGGGCUACCAGCGUCAUGUAUCGUCAUGCUGCGGUCCUGCCCCGCUCACACUAGCUGAGCAGGAGCUGCAGAGGAUCAAGCUCACUGAGGGCAGAGUCAAACAGGUGACGGCAGAGAACAGCGUGGAUAGUAACGCACAAACCCUUCAAGGCCUGGCUUUCCCGCUGCAGGAGACGGCCAGACGAGCCCUCCAGCAACUUGCCCAGAAGCAGAUCAACUACAUACAGCUGAAACUAGAUGUGGAGCGGGAGACCAUUGAACUGGUUCAUUCCCACCAGACGGAGACGCGGGAUUUACCCUGCCGGGUUCCUAAAGACACACCAAGAUAUCACUUCUUCCUCUACAAACACUCCCAUGAAGGCGACUACCUCGAAACCAUUGUUUUCAUCUACUCCAUGCCUGGAUACAACUGCAACAUUAAAGAGAGAAUGCUCUACUCUAGCUGCAAGAGUCGACUCUUGGAGGACGUGGAGAGAGAUUAUCGACUGCAGGUUGCUAAAAAGUUGGAAAUCGACAGCGGAGAUGAGUUGACAGAGGGGUUUCUGUACGAAGAGGUCCAUCCCAAGCAGCAUGCUUUCAAGCAGGCUUUUGCCAAACCACGCGGCCCCGCAGGCAAGAGGGGACUCAAACGCCUAAUUAAAGGCCCGGGCGAGGUCAUGCAGGACGGCUAGAGUUGGACAAAUCGUACCGCUGAGGUGUUACUCGAGUACUGGCACCUUGUAAAAUAACACUGACACCUCGUCAGGCCCGCAACAAAGCGCUCAGUGUCCAAUUCCUUGUGGGCACGGGACAUCUGUGACAUAGUAUAGGCUAGUCUCGUUCUAUGAAUAGUUCAGAAUCAUAUUGGCGUGUUUAAUAAUAUAUAUUAGUAGCUAUUUCUUUCCAUACACAAA